GUCAUAAUGAAUGACCAAAGGUUGAAUUUUUGUGCGGUGCAUCCCUGACCCUCAGAACCAAACAAAAGAAGUUGCAAGUCAACUCGUCAACGCUAGCCGCACAGAACACAUAAGCCGGAAGUUUAUUUCAUAUCCAUCGUAAUUUUGGAGCCUACUUCUUUUAACACAAAUGGCAGCAGCUUCAGCUAUGGACGUGGACGAUGAUGAUGAGGUCGAAUUGCCAACAUCGAGUAGCAGCAAAGGUGAGAAGAAACGGUUCGAGGUGAAGAAGUGGAACGCUGUUGCCUUGUGGGCGUGGGACAUUGUCGUCGACAACUGUGCCAUCUGUCGUAACCACAUCAUGGAUCUUUGCAUCGAAUGCCAAGCCAAUCAAGCUUCCGCCACCAGUGAAGAAUGCACAGUCGCCUGGGGUGUCUGUAACCACGCUUUUCAUUUUCACUGCAUUUCCCGAUGGCUCAAAACGCGACAGGUGUGUCCUCUCGAUAAUCGGGAGUGGGAGUUCCAGAAGUAUGGUCACUAAGUUACGUACACAAUGUUCCUUUCUCUAAACUGGCAUUGUUUUUGAAAUCCUUCGAACGUUUUUUUCUGUACCUUGAUUGUCAGCACAGAAUCCUGAGCCCAUCCGGUUGAAAUCCUUUAAAUUGUCAGUUUUGGAUGGCCCCUUAUCAGAUUUUUUAAUUUUUAUUUUCUACAAUCUAUCUUUUCUCUUUACUUACCUUGUUUUGUUUUAUUUUAGAGAGCGUAGCAUUUAUUUCUGCCUCAAAGUCAGGAAGAGAGUCUCUUCGUUACUAUGAAUGUCAAUCCCCGUUAAUCCCGUAAGAAAAUUAUGACCCGUCAAGUCCCGCAGCAAUUAAUACUUUUUUUUUCUUGUAUCUAAUAUUGCUGAAAAACUAAUCUGAAUAAAUUUGUUUCCAUUGAUA